GCGGGAGCCCCGGACGCUGCCCGGCGCCCGCCGCGAUGAGGGCACAGCCCUGACUUGCCCGCGGUGAUCCUCAGGCGGUGGCGGUGGUGGAAUGCAAAAGCCGGGACGUAAUGGAAACAGGGCUUGAAGACCCAUCCACAAUGCCAGAGGAAAGUUCUCCCAGAAGGACCCCACAGAGCGUUCCAUACCAGGAUCUACCCCACCUGGUCAACGCGGACGGACAGUACCUCUUCUGCAGGUACUGGAAGCCCACCGGCACACCCAAGGCUCUCAUCUUUGUGUCCCACGGUGCUGGGGAGCACUGUGGCCGCUAUGAUGAUCUGGCUCAGAUGCUGAUGAGGCUGAACCUGCUGGUGUUCGCCCACGACCAUGUUGGCCACGGACAGAGUGAGGGGGAGAGGAUGGUGGUGUCUGACUUUCACGUCUUCGUCAGGGAUGUACUGCAGCAUGUGGACAUGGUUCAGAAGGACCACCCCGAGCUCCCUGUCUUCCUUCUGGGCCACUCCAUGGGAGGUGCCAUCGCCAUCCUCACGGCCGCAGAGAGGCCCGGCCACUUCUCUGGCAUGGUCCUAAUUUCACCUCUGGUCAUCGCCAGCCCCGAAUCAGCAACAACUUUCAAGGUCCUUGCUGCAAAAGUGCUCAACCUCGUCCUGCCAAACAUGUCCCUGGGGCCCAUCGACUCCAGUGUGCUAUCCCGGAACAAGACAGAGGUUGACCUUUACAACUCGGACCCCCUCAUCUGCCACGCGGGGCUGAAGGGCUCUGCUGACCGCCUGUGCGACAGCAAAGGGGCCUACCUGCUCAUGGACUCCGCCAGGAGCCAGGACAAGACGCUCAAGAUCUAUGAAGGUGCCUACCACGUUCUCCACAAGGAGCUUCCUGACGUGACCCGUUCCGUCUUCCACGAAAUAAACAUGUGGGUCUCUCAGAGGAUAUCCAUGGCGGGAGCUAGGUCCCCACCCUGAACGCCCUGCUGGCGACCUGCUCACGGUCUGGAGGACGCAGGGAGAGGAAGGGCAGAGCUGGCUUCUCAGAUGGGGCUUACAGAAAAAAAAUCACACAUUGGAGGAAUCCCUAGCACAAUUCAGUUUUUUUAAAAAGACAUUUUUGUCAUAUAUAAGGCUGUCAGCCACUAGCUCUACCUUAAGAGGUAGAUGCUUUAUGCAAAAAAGAGAGAGAGAAGGGUUAGUUACAGGCAGUUUUCCACGAAGGACUGUAUUGAAAUGUACUUUAAAAAAAAACAAAUAGAAAGCGCAGCCUCCGCCCGCCUCUCCCAGAGCCCACGAGGCCAGUCCCCACGUUCCCAGACUGCAAUAACUGGAGGAUUGUUCUCUCCUGCCCCCACUCGAACUCCCACCCCAGCACUCUCUCUGACUGGCCUUUCUCUGGUGUGUGCUGAGCUGGCCUGUGUCCCCACAGAGCCAGCUGCUCGGCCCUUCUGAGGCCCAGAAAGCGCCCUGAGCGUCCUAAAAAUGGACAGGCAGCCCUGACCUUCUUGGCCCAGGCCGGGCUUACCCAGUGGGCAGGAGAGCACGGCCUAGGCAGAGCACUGAGCAGGGAACCCUGGCUCUUCUCCUGUACCCCUUCCUUCUGCCAGGGGGCCUGGUCCCCCAAAGGCACCAUAUGUAUUCUAAAAGGCUGCCUUUCCCUAAGUCCCCCACUCACCACAUGCUGGAAGGAGAGCUUUUGUGGAAGAGAGAUUUCUAAUAUAUAAAUACAUUCUAAAACAGAGACUAUAUAUUUUGGUAGGUGUGUGGGGCCAGGGCAGCUGGAAGGAAUGGAGGCCCACACUUCUGCCCAGGGCCUGGCUCUGUUCGCUCGGAGCGAGGCCAGUGCCACCAAGAAGGGACUAGGCAGGCCCCGUGUCUCCCAUGCCCUUCCAGGAGGAUGAGGACCAUGCUCCUGGGGCCUGGGCCUUCCUGCUGCCCAGAGCCACCAGGGAUGGGGAGGGCAGGGUCCCCAGUGUUGGCAGCACAGUGCCCUCUGGUGGCAGAAGAGAUUUCCAACGCAGCCAGCCCAGGGCAUCACAGAGCACCCAGUGACCACCCAAGCAGGGACCAGAGGUCCCCCCACCCUGCCCCAGGCCUCAGCAGGACAGCCAGGCCAGGCCUCACCCAGGACCUGGCAUUAGUAACCUCCCCACUGAGGCCCUAGCCCGGCCUGCUCUCUCAGGGGCCAACCCGCCCAGCCUGCUCUUAGCCUCACUUAAGGCCAGCAAUAAACAGGGAUCGCCCCCCUCGGAAGUACCCUUCCUUUAAAAUGGGACUUGCUGUUACCUCAAGAGUCCCCUUAGUACACACAUGGCCUGGGUGGGGCAUGGCUGGGGACGCCCAUCUGCAGGGAGGGGCUGGUGCCAUUGACCCCCCCCACAAGAUGCAAUUCAGGGGUCCUAGGAUCUCAAAGGAGGUGGCUUUCCUGCCAGAACCCCUGACAUGGAGGUUAGGAGCCCAGAGCUCAGCCAUCUUCCCCAAAAUGUGGGAGUUGCCCCUCCCCAUGCCGGGUCCUUCUCCCGCUUAUUCCCCUGGAGAGGGGACCCUCCUGCCCUCCCUCCAGCGACCCUGUCUGCACCAUGGCAGAGUCAAGAGCUGGUCCCCUGCUAAAGGUCACAAAGGCCACUCUGUGCCCUGGGGGCUGCAGGUUUGUGCUCUUCUGACCAGGCAGGGCAGGCAGAGGCCCAAAAGCUGACCCAGCCCAGGCCAAACACACAGUGGCGUUCUGGGCCCCAUCUUACCUGUCUGGCUUCUCUCUAGAGAAGGAAAAUGUAAAACCUGAGCUGAGUGCGGCAGUCAGCCUCCACCUGCUCUGGGAGCCCUGGGCAGCUGUGCGGGUGUUUCUGCUCGCAGCUAAGGAAAGGCAAACAGCAAGGCCCUCUGGGCUCAGACCUGUGACUCUCCCCCAGAGCCCAGAGUCCCCACACCCACCCACUUCCCUAGAAGCACGUGAUGGUGACAACAUCCCCAGAUUCGGUGUCCUGGCAUGUGGUCUGAACAAGGUCUCUUUCAGAUGCAUGAAUUUAUUUACGUGAAAGUUCUUACAGAGACACAGGCAAAUUCAGACUCACUCAUGUCUGGCUAAAGAAAUCCAGAAGGGGUGCAGGAACACAGACAUGCCCCGUGCAUGGCUGAAUCGGGCAGCAGCACAGGACACUGCAUGUCAGCCAUGUCUGCCAUCUCACGCCCUCACUGCCUUGAGUGGAGUUCUUCCUCAUACAGACAGCUCUGCACCGACACUCUGAGCGUCACAGGCGGCCAUGCCACCAUGGGGACGUAGAGGAACUUGGGUUUGGAAGGGAUGCUGGGCCAUACACAACUUCACCCUAAGAAGGUGAGAAGAAGGCAGAGGCCAGGGAAGGAACCCCAGAGAUGCAGUGGGUCCCAGUCCUGCCGGGACACAGGCCAGGCGCCUUCCCCAGCAAUUCGACAGUGAUGGGGUCCCUACAGUCCAUGUGGAGAUGGCUUUGUGCCUGAGAAGCUUUGUAGGAGACACUUGCAGGUAGCGGGGACUCCACCCAGCCAGGCCCUAGCUCCCUGGCAGAGAUGGCAGGUUGGGUGGCCUUCGCCUACCCUGCACCCCUCAGCUUUGGGGCACUCUGGAGACCACGGCGAGAGUUCUGAGGAUGGUCCGAGUGCCCCCCCCGCCCACCUCCCCCUCCAGGCCAAUGGGACUUGUCUCACCCUAUCUCUUUUCUCUCCUGUUGCUAACACAACCCUGUUAGGAUCACGAUGAUCUCCAAGCACCUUGCCAGUUUGUCACUGUCAGUGCGGCUCAGUCACACCCCACGUAUGUAUUCUCAGUGGGGAACGUGUGUCAGCUUAGAGCUAUUAAAGGAACCAAUGUGCACUACAGCUAAUCCUAAUAAACCAUAUGUUUUCUGAGUGGUGUCUACAUCUGUCUGUCUGUCUGCCACAGUGGCCUCUGAUCCUGUGUGACAACUCUCUUGCAGAAAAAACUUCUUUUUCCAGCAGUGUGAGUCGUGGCCGAGCCAAACCCAUACUGCACCCCGAGCGGCCCUCCCUGUGCCUGUCCAGGGUGUGUGGAUUUGUCUUCUCCCAUCCACACUGUGGGACAGCUGGCUGGGGAGCAGGUACUCUCGUACAGACUGAGAACCACAGAAUCCCAGGCUCCUGACUCAGUCACCGUCUCACGUGGGCACCAGGCAGUCCCCACGCAAAGCCCAUCCUCUCUGCCGCACCUUAGUCCUGGCAAGGUGCAUCCACUUCCUCCUUGGUGCGGGGACCUCACACUGCUGCUGUAGGUGUCACUCUGGAUGCCUCCCUGCAACCCAGCAGCUCUGCCUCCAGAGUACUGCCAGAGUCAGGCCAUUCCACACAGAAGCCAUAGGGGCUGCUAGGGCACGCGUCAGGCUCGGCCUCCCCUGCACAGAGCCCUCCCAUGGCUCUAUCAGUCACUAGACGCCAAACCCAUGACCUCCAUCAGUCAGCCCCCAGCCUCCCCGAGGGUUCAGGUCUCACCACACCUCCCAGGCCUCUGCUGCCAGCCGCUGGGAUGUGUGAUCUGCCCUUGUCGCACUUUCACCCCUCCCGUGGGCAUGGGAGCUGCAGAAGGGCAUGUUCCUGCCCUAGACCUGUGUGUGCCACCCAGAGGGUAAUGAGCACCUGCGUGGGGGACUGGAUGGUGGCGGAAUGGAGGGAAGGAGGGAGGAAGGAAUGAGUGAGCGCGGGAGUGAGCAGGAGGAGUAAAGGGCAGGCACAAACCUUUCAAGGGAUGAAGUGGAAGUUAGAAAUUGUACCAUCCAGAGCACACUGGCAUGGCCACAGCUGGGGACACCAGGAAAAGAACCAUGUGCCACUUGACAAGUAAAGGGCCAGGGCUCAGAGACCAGGAUGGCAGCAGGCCAUGCAAGGAGUGGGUGUGUGGUGCCUGCUCACUCCCUGGGCAGCAAGACCCACAGAGAGGAGCUCUGCUGGCUCCCAGGCUGCCUGGGGAGAUGCCAACAGCAGAAAGAGGCAGAAAGGUGAAGCAAGGCCAUGGCAGUGGGAACAAGAGGUGGAGAAGAGCUACUAGAGGUGAAAUCAUGGAGGUUGAUGACAGCUAAGGGGAAGAAGAGAAUGCACUCGGACACCCCCAAACUCCAAAGGUAGAGCGCAGUCCACAGUGGUGACAGGAAGGAGCAAGCACUUUCUUGUGCCAAGCUCCCCUUGCAAUUUCCACUUCCAGGCUGAAGAAUUCCAGAGCGAGCAGCCAGGGCAGAAAUGACAGGGAACAGAAGAUGAAGGACCACAGGUAUAGACAAGGCAAGAGAGGAUGGAAAGCUGAAGCUGAAAAAAAGACGGAAGAGCCAGUAUGAGAAAGUGCAGGUCCUGUCCAGACUUAUGGGACAAGGUGCCCAGACUGAGAUACGGCCACUGUCAAGGGAUGGGUGUCCUGACAGCCUAGGCCUGAGAGUGGCAAAACUGGCUGCUGUCAUGAGCCUCACGUCCUGGCACCUAAGGCCCAUCAAGAGCUGCUGCUCCCGGCUGGCUGCUGGAAGUGCAGGACUUAAACAGCUACCACCUGCUGUGUGGCUGGUCCAAGCCAGAGCAGUGAGUGUCCAAGCCGAGUGCCAGAGCCAUGGUCUCUGUGGCCAAAGCCUGGAGCAGAAGGCCCCCAG